GCUGCAUGCAAGAGACACACUUCAGACCUAAAGACACUCACAAACUGAAAGUGAAGGGAUUGAAAAAGAUACUCCACGCAAAUGGCAAAGAAAAGAAAGCUGGGGUAGCAGUACUCAUAUCACACAAAAUAGACUUUAAAAAAAACUGUAAAAAGAGACAAAGAAGGGCAUUACAUAAUGAUCAAGGGAACAAUCCAACAAGAGGAUAUAACACUUGUAAAUAUCUACGCACCCAAUGUAGGUGCACCUAAAUAUAUAAAGAAGUUAUUAACAGACAGAAAAACAGAAAUAGACAGUAACACAAUAAUAGUAGGGGACUUUAACACUCCACUUACACCAACGGAGAGAUCAUCCAAACAGAAGAUCAAUAAGGAAACAUUGGCUUUAAAUGACACACUAGAACUGAUGGACCUAGUAGAUAUAUACAGAGCAUUCCAUUCAAAAACCAAAGAAUACACAUUCUUUUCAAAUGCACAUGGAACAUUCUCCAGCAUUGAUCACAUAUUAGGCCACAAAACAAGUCUCCAUAAAUUUAAGAAGAUUGAAUAAUACCAAGCAUCUUUUCUGACCACAGUGGCAUGAAACUAGAAAUCAACUAUAGGAAGAAAAUCAGAAAAGCCACAAAUACAUGGAGAUUAAACAAAAUGCUACUGAACAACAACUGGGUCAACAAAGAAAUCAAAGAAGAAAUCAGAAAAUACCUGGAGACAAAGGGAAAUGAAAAUAAGACAUGCCAGAAUUUAUGGGAUACAGCAAAAGCGGUUCUAAGAGAGAAGUUUAUAGCAAUACAGGCUUAUCUCAACAAACAAGAAAAAUCUCAAAUAAACAAUCUAACAAUGCACCUAAAGGAACGGGAAAAAGAAGAACAAACAAACAUGGACAACACCACCUGGUUGGCCAACAACACCAGAUGGUCAGAUUUCAUUCUGGUGGGACUUUUCAGUCAUUCCAAGCACCCAAUUGUCCUUUGUGUGAUCAUUUUUGUUGUUUUAUUGAUGACCUUGUCUGGAAACACCAUCCUGAUCCUUCUGAUACACUCUGAUGCCCACCUCCACACCCCCAUGUACUUCUUCAUCAGCCAGUUGUCUCUCAUGGACAUGAUGUACAUUUCUGUCACUGUGCCCAAGAUGCUCAUGGACCAGGUCAUGGCUGUGAAUAAGAUCUCAGCCCCUGAAUGUGGGAUGCAGAUGUUUCUCUAUUUGACACUAGUAGGUUCAGAAUUUUUCCUUCUACCUGCCAUGGCCUAUGACCGCUAUGUGGCCAUCUGCCAUCCACUCCAUUAUCCUAUCCUCAUGAACCACAGGGUAUGUCUCCUCUUGGUAUCUGGCUGCUGGAUCCUGGGAUCAGUGGAUGGCUUCAUCCUCACCCCUGUCACCAUGACCUUCCCCUUCUGCAGAUCCCGGGAGAUCUAUCAUUACUUCUGUGAGGUCCCUGCUUUAAUGAAGCUCUCCUGCUCAGACACCUCCCUCUAUGAGACACUCAUGUACCUGUGCUGUGCCCUCAUGCUCCUCAUCCCUGUGACAGUCAUUUCAAGCUCCUAUUCUUUCAUCCUCCUCACCAUCUACAAGAUGAGCUCAGCAGAGGGGCGGAAGAAGGCCUUCACCACCUGUUCCUCCCACAUGACUGUGGUCAUCCUCUUUUACGGAGCUGCCGCCUACACCUACAUGCUCCCCAGCUCCUACCACACCCCUGAGAAGGACAUGGUUGUAUCUGUCUUUUACACCAUACUCACUCCUGUUCUAAACCCUUUAAUCUAUAGUCUUAGGAAUAAGGAUAUCACAGGGGCUCUAAAGAAAAUGUUAAAUUUGGGAUCUAUCUUUCGGGAAAAUAUAAAAUAG